GAAAACGUUUUGCCGUUCUAAUCCACGUGACUGCGAGUACUGAAUAUUUAGAUCUCUUGCCCCGCAUGUACAUUAGAGUCAUGGAGAAGAUAACAGAGAAGAUACUGCUGGAGAAAAGCUCUCCAAAGACCAACAAGUUGGAACAGAUCAAGAUCCUCAAUCUCUCACGCAUGGGACUGAAGAGCGAGGAUCUGCCUGUUCCUCUGCUAUCUAAACUGUGUAGUCUGGAGCAGUUGGAUUUGUCUGGGAACAUGCUGCAGGAGAUUCCUAAAGGCCUCCAUCUGCCCUCUCUGAAGAUCCUUAACUGCUCAAACAAUGAUCUGGAGGAUGUAGUGUCACUGGAAGCCCUGAGAAACAUAGAGGAACUCCGACUAGAGGACAACCUCUACCUCACAGUCAAUGAUGAACACAAAGUGAUCUUCCUGUUACCUAAACUGAGAAUGUUCAAUGGGAAGGAUAUUAGCUCCACGGCGCAUCAUAUCCGCCACGGCAGCACCGAGAUCCUCGGGAAGAGGGUGAUUGGUGUGUGGGAACGAAGCUUCAGUCUCCCUGAUCCCAUUACAGCACAAAGUCUGGCUGCUGUGGAGAAGCGCUUUAUUGCUGCCUGUGCCCAAAUCAAAUAUGGUCCAAAUUCCUUGAGUGAAUACACAAAGUGGAGGGUUGAAAUGAUUGCAAAGGAAUAUUUGAAGUCACUGACAUGCAGUGAAGAAGAAGAAGGAGGUAAAGUCACAGACACAACUCCAACAAAGGAAAAUGAGACUCGCGCAGAGAGAAAAACUCGUGAUCUUGGUGGUAACAGUAUCACAAGUCCUCAGAAAAGAACCAGAAACAACUCCGAGGUGGCAGCAGAGGCCAGUCCACGAAAGUCGAGUCGCCUGGCGAGUGCAGCUCCAGUUGAGGCUAGUCCACGAAAAUCCACGCGUGUGACAAGUACUCCACAGAAAGCUGGCCCUAUAAUGUCCAGCCCGAGAAAGCACACCAGGAUGACCAAUGCAGGCACCCCAGAGGGGAGUCCAAGGAAAUCAAGCCGUCUAGAAAAUGCUGGCAAAACUGAAAGCCCCAGGAAGGCAGCAAAGUCAGUCAUAUCUACACCCACAUCAAGACCAGCUAAAGAUGAGAACCUGAGGAAAACGGCUAAAGAUCAGACCACAAGUCAACAGAGCAAACCCAAAACUGCCAAAACAGAAAACAACACUCCUCGGAAAACUGCCAGUGCCAAACUCAAAGUUCCUCAGGAGCCGGUGAGUCUGCAGCCGGUGCAUGUCUUGCAGUGUCACAGUCGACAGGACAGUCCUGAGGACUUCAGCACUCAGCUUUGGGCCUGUGCCUUUGAGCCCCCGCGGGAAUGUAGCGGUGGGUCUCGGACAGUUGCCACAUGUGGAGGAGAGACUUUGUGCGUGAUUGACUGCGAGUCGGGACACGUGCUGAAGAAAUACAAGGUUCCUGGUGAGGAGUUCUUCUCAAUAGCAUGGUCCACGGUGCUGAUGUCCAGGACUGGUGGCUCUGGCCGGCCCUGCAAUAUCCUGGCAGCUGGGGGUAAGAGGGGUCUGGUGAAGCUCAUCCAUCCCCGAGUCAACCUGGCAUUUGGAGAGUUUCGUGCCAGUCGACGGGCCAUUUCCAUCAUGCGCUUCAGUCCACGAAGCGCUAGCUUCCUCUUCACUGGGACAUAUGAAAAUAAGAUCUUUUUGUGGGACAUUGGUGGACUGGAUCGUGAUUACAACUUCAAAAUAAGUAAGCUGCUAGUCCUGGAGACGGGCUCCACUCCUCUGCAUCUCUCUCUGCCCCCCUCGUCUCCAGACACACACCUCCUCUCAGGCUGCGAUGACGGCCUGUAUAUCUUUAACACCGAGCUCAGCAAAAACACGCAGAAAAGAAAUGAGGAGAUGGAGAUUGUGUUUCCAGUUUACAAGAAAAAGGACAAGAAAAACACCUACCGGACUAUAGAUGGACUGAGCUUCCUCUCAGAUGAUAUAGUGGCGUCCAAGAGCCACAUGCAGGGCUCUAUCUACCUGUGGAGCUGGAGAGCCACGCGGGCCUCCUGGAAUGGCAGAAAGAAAGAGGUGGCAGCUGUCGUUCUGGCUGAACUGCAGUGGUCCAGCACGGACAUCCCAUACCUGUCUCUCAGCACCUGUCCAGGAUAUGGUUAUGUGGUGUGUGGGGAUGAGCAAGGCAGGCUGUGGAUGUACCAUAUCACAGACACCAUGAUGGAAAACUUCAAGAGUGGAAAAACAAUCUCAGCCACUGAGGUGCUGGAGUGGCCAUCACCGGUUCGAGCUGGAAUGGGUGCAUUAGAGGGGCCAUCUAUUAACAGCAUAGCCAUGGAUCCUGAGCUACAUUACUUAGUUGCCCUUACUGACAAGAACAUGGCUGUGGUUUGGAAGAGAGAGAGCCGAUGAGCAUGAAGAGUUGUUCAGUUGCUGGCAGUAUUUCUCCUUAUUUCUUUGUAUUUCUGGACUGAAUUUGAAUUGAGAUCAUGGUUUCUGUGAGGAGAGCCGUUAAAAAGGAAAUCGAUCCGCAUACUUCACCUAUUUUAAAGACGUAUUGUCUCAAAGAGACAGAGGAAAAACUAAAGUAGCCAUCAUGUAACUUUUUCUAUAACACUGACUAGUUUUAGUAGGUGAAAGGCAAUUGUUGUAAUCUCCUUUCAUAAUUUUAAUUCUUUCAGUGUUUUGUUUUAGUAUUUUAAACAUUUUCUACCAAACAUAUUUCAGAGACUGUCAAGAUUGUUCAAAAAAUGACCUCUUAUGUUUUUGUUUUAAAAAAUGGUGUUACGCACCAUUUUCUUAUUUAAAUUAUUUUUAUUCAUUCCUCACUCUUAGUUGUAAAUGUGAAAUGUCAACAAAAUGACAAACCAUAUAAAACUGUGAUCCUUG